AUGCCAAUACCGAAAACCUGCAUCACGUCCAAUACGCCUUGCGAAUACCGGCCGGUAGAUCGCAAGCGCGUCCCAGUAUCCCACGAGUACGUCGCGAGCCUGGAGUCGCGCAUCUCAUGGCUUGAGACCUUUGUCCAGUCCCUCCGUGCCGCAACGCCAGAGCAGCGGGAGGAAAUGCUCAAUUCCACGGCGGCGGAAAUGGAGGGGAAAGAUCAUCCUUCUCCUCGUAGUUCUAAGCAAGCCCAAGAAGAGACACAAACGGAUGAGGCAGACCGAGCCUCGUCAUCGGCAUCUAUACCAGGCGACUACAUAUCCCACCUCGGCAUCCACUUCUUCCGCUGGCAAUAUCCGCACUUCAUGUUCAUAUAUCGAGAGGCCUUCCUCUGUGACCACUUCAGCAAGGACGAUGGUGAUGGUGAUGACCGUAGCAGGAAACACAGAAAGUACUGGUCCCCUGCGCUCCUACUCUCGAUAUGCGCUCUCGGGGCGCUGGUAAACCUCGAAACAAAGGCCACGAGCGAGCGCUUCUUUCUUGCGGCCGAGAGUAUCAUCAUGGUGACAGGCCUCACGAGGCCAAGCGUCGCUACAGUGCAGGCGUUUCUGUGUCUUGCGCUCUACGAGAUUGGGAGGGGGAACUUGUCCAAAGGGUGGGGGUACUCUGACCUCGGCCUCCAACGAAACCCCAAAGAUUGGGUCCACCACAACUCCUCCCUUGCAACGCCCGAAGACGUCGAAAUCCGGAGGAGGAUCUACUGGGGUUGCUACAUCUCCGACAAGCUCAUCAGUCUGAUCCUCGGCCGGCCCGUGUACCUAGUCUACGACGACGCCGAGGUCCAACCCAUGGAGACACUGCCAGAACCCCCCGAAAUGAACCUCUGGCGCCCUGUAGGCUUCGACGAAGAAUAUAGAGAAUCCGCAAAAGCCAGCUCCAUGAUAUCCUACCUCCACGAACAGAUCCGCCUUUCGCGAAUCAUCGAGAGAAUGGUGUCGACGCUAUUCUCCCCGCGCUCCAACCUAGACGACCUCGGACGGCGAGUCUGCUUCGAUAAUCUAAACCUGGACCUCAACCGGUGGCGCGAAUCGUUGCCCGACUUUGCAAGGUGGCCUUCUGCCAUUGCAUCCCGGGAAUGCGACGCGGACGAGAAGCCACAGUCGUAUUGCGUCACAUCUGCGCGACAUACCACUUCCCUGGUGCGCACCUACCGAAGUCAGUACGGGCUUCAACACGCACCGCUCGUGUUCGUAUACGGCGCUGUCCAGGCGAGUCGCUCGGCCAAGGCAUUUAACAUCACAGAAGAGAGCCAGUAUCUGAUCCAGAUGCUGGGAGAACUGUCAUCGGCUUGGAGCCUGUCAAGAGAAGUCAUGGCCAAAGUAUUGGACUGCUAA